UGCUCUCUCUCUCUCUCUCUAAAGCCCUCGCUUUCCCUCUCCAAAGCUAGACCCUUUUUAGUUCAGACAAAUCGGUUUCGUUAUUUGAUCACUUUCACUUGAUCACAUCAAAGUUUGGCUUUUCUAAGGAUAUAUUAGGCUUCUUGUCCUUUGGCUUUGAAAUGGGAAACAACACCGAUCUUCUGCUUGUUUGAUGACAUCAAUAGAUAACCAAAGAGAUCACAAGUCAAUGGGUGGAAUUUGUUCAAGGAAGAGAGACCAGCAGGUUUUUGAGGGUAGAGUACGUAGAGGGGUUUCUGGAAACUAUAGUAAAAGUUCAAGUUCAAAAUGGCUGGGGACCACAUUUGCUCGACCCAAUGCUGAUCUUCAGCCAGGAUGUAGUUUCCCAUCUCUCCUGGAAUUAUGCAUCUACAGAAUACGCGAGGACAUCAGCAGAUAUAAAUCAUUUUCCAUGCUGCCAAGGGAUAUAAGUCAGCAAAUAUUUAAUGAAUUGGUAAUCUCGCAUUGUCUUACAGCUGCAUCUCUUGAAGCUUUUAGAGACUGUGCUCUUCAGGAUGUCCUUUUGGGUGAAUAUCCUGGAGUUAUGGAUAGUUGGAUGGAUGUCAUCUCUUCACAAGGUUCAUCUUUGCUUUCUGUUGACCUUUCUGAUUCUGAUGUCACAGAUGCUGGGUUGGGUCUCCUCAAGGACUGUUCAAACCUCCAAGCAAUUGCUCUAAAUUAUUGCAACAACAUUUCUGACCAUGGUCUGAAACACUUAAGUGGUCUUACAAAUGUUACAUCCUUGAGUUUGAAAAAGAGCUGCUCUGUAACUGCUGAAGGAAUGCGUGCCUUUUCUACCUUACUCAACUUGGAAAAUUUAGAUAUGGAGAGGUGUUCUGGGAUUCAUGGUGGUCUGGUUCAUCUUAAAGGAUUAAAAAAGCUUGAGUCCCUUAAUAUCAGAUGUUGUAAACACAUCACAGAUAUGGACAUGAAGGCUAUAUCAGGUCUUACUAACUUGAAGGAGUUACAGAUUUCUAAUAGUAACGUUACUGAUGUUGGAGUUUCUUAUUUAAGAGGAUUGCAGAAGCUUAUUAUGUUGAACUUGGAGGGGUGCAAUAUUACCACUGCAUGUUUAGAGUACAUUUCAGCUCUUGCAACCCUUGCCUACUUGAAUUUAAACAGAUGUCAUCUAUCUGAUGAUGGAUGCGAUAAGUUCUCUGGAUUGAAAAACUUGAAGGUGUUGAGCUUGGCAUUCAACGAUGUAACGGAUGCAUGUUUGGUGCAUCUAAAAGGCUUGAAAAAUUUGGAGAGCUUGAACUUGGAUUCUUGUAGGAUUGGUGAUGAAGGCAUUGCUAAUUUGGCAGGCCUUCCACUGAAAAGUUUGGAGUUGUCUGAUACUUCAGUUGGAAGUAGUGGGCUGCGGCAUCUUUCUGGAAUAACUCUUCUGGAGAACUUGAAUCUGUCAUUCACCUUAGUAACAGACAGUGGUUUAAGGAAGUUAUCUGGACUGACAUCUCUUAGAUCACUCAACUUGGAUGCUCGCCAAAUUACAGAUGCUGGACUUACAGCACUUACAAGUCUGACUGGACUGACACGUCUGGAUCUUUUUGGCGCUCGCAUUACAGAUUCUGGAACAAACUGUUUGAAACACUUCAAAAAUCUCAAAUCACUUGAAAUCUGUGGAGGAGGACUAACUGAUGCUGGGGUGAAGAAUAUCAAAGAUCUUGUACACCUAACAGUUCUGAACCUGUCACAGAAUACCAAUCUGACAGACAAGACCUUGGAGUUGAUUUCUGGGUUGACAGAAUUGGUAUCAUUGAAUGUUUCAAAUUCUCUCAUAACCAACGAAGGAUUACGCUAUUUGAAGCCUUUGAAGAAUUUACGUGCACUAUCUUUGGAAUCCUGCAAGGUAACUGCAUCUGAAAUCAAGAAGCUUCAGUCAACUGAACUCCCUAAUCUGGCAAGCUUUCGGCCAGAAUAGCGAGAGACUGGUUAUAUAACACCAUGUAUAUAGACUGUUAUCAACCUGAUAGCAUUGUGUACAGUUUAAUUGUUGUAUAAAGUAGGCCAGUAAGAAAUAGAAAAUUAUUGGAUUGGCAAUGGGCAUUGGCGUCGGAACUUGCAAUGCAUUUGCAGAAAACUGAAGUUACAUGUAAAUAUUGCUUGCUGGCUGCUACAGAAUGAAUCUGUGUAUAAGUUGUCUAUGUUGGCUGCGAACAACUACUAUCUGCCCUGCUUUGGAAACUCCAUCUUGCAGCGUGCAAGUCCCAGUUAAUGGUGUUGAUUAACCGUUGUGGAAAUAAUAUAAUGUUUACUUUUGGAAUUA